CAUACAGGUGGAGAACCACGCGUUCGUACGUGUUCUGUAAAACGUUGGCCGAGCUGACGUUGGUUACGAAGAAAGGACAAAGGCAGGCAUCAAGGACACGGCCUCGUAAUUAUCUCGUGCAAAGGCACGCGCGCGCGCGCGCAAUGUCCAUUAGUCGUGACACGGGGCGCAAGUUUUCCUCGUUACGCUCAUGCGCCAACGCACGUACACACGCGUGCCACACAAGCGUGAAUAAUGUAAGGAAAGCCGGGCAAAAGGGAUACGUCGGGGGAGAAAAAAGCCAAUAAGGGCUUUGUCCAACGGGGUGGCUCAAGUGCAGAAGAUGCUGCCCCUCUACCUUACCGUGUGCCCACCCCCGGCCGGAAGGGGAGCCGUUCCCAAGGAAAAAAUUAUUUUUUAGUAUCUGCUGAAAAGUCUUUAUUUUCUUCGUGUCACGCUUCUUUUUAUUACUUUAUAUAUAUAUAUAUUUUUUUUUAAUACAGCAAUGGGCAAACGCGUGGAGAGGCACGCGAGCGUGAGUAAUGGAAAGGAGAGAGGUGCCAUGCAAAGGGAUGAUGCGAGGUGAAAAACCGAUAAGGGCUUCACGCGGCUUGGUUAUAGCUAUCUACGCGUCGGACGUGUACGCGAGCAUGAGUAAUUCAAGGAAAGAAAGAUCGGUUAAAAGGCUGGCCGCGAGAAAGGAAAAGCCAAUGGAGGACUUUGCCCAGCUAGGGGACGAUCCCGUGCACACUAUCCCCACGUUCCAGAGAAAAUUAUUCUUCGCUCUGAAAGAAGUUUCGUUUCCAUCUUCCGCGUCGGCUGGAAAUAGACGCGGCCAGGAAGUUCGGCACGGCGUGACACCUCGUGGAAUCGUCACCUUUCAACGCAACGUUCCUACUAACGUGCAAUUUGGAUGCGAGCAAAUUAAAAAAUCUUAA